AUGGCAUUUACAUUUAAGUCUAACGAAACAAUUGAUUCAAGAAACUGCGAUUUCAUUAAUCUCAAUACAAUGGACAACAAUAUCGUAAUCGACAAAAUAAAUAUAAUAAACCUUUACCAAGAUACAAACCAGGUGAUUUCAACUUAUGAAGGAUUACUCAUGAUGGAAAACACUAAAGAAAAGGGAACUGAUCCGGAAAAUACUAAACUUCAGUAUCUCUAUAAUACUCCUCAAGAACAAUUUCAGCAAAAGUUUAAUGAAAUGUAUCAAAAUAGCCGCCGUAAUCGUAAUAACUUAUUAAUACCUAUUGAGUGGCUAUCGCAUGAUAAUCCUACUGCAGCAGCUAACCUUAUACUACAAAGGGACGACAUAAUCGCAAAACAUAUCGAUGGAAGUUUCCAAAUUGCACCUUGCAAAUCGAACAACCCCGAAUUGAAGUCAAUAAAAUUUGCCAGUGGCAUCACCGAUCACUUUGAGAUUGAAAGAAUAAAUACUGAGCUGGAAAUCUUAUCAUAA